GUACCACCCCACUGAGAGGAUGAAGGUCUCUGUAGCUGCCUUCUUUCUCCUCAUCGUCAUCCCCACCACUACUGCUGCUUUUAACAGCCAGCCAAAAAUUCCUGAGGCGGUGAACCAACCGACCACCUGCUGCCUGAAGUAUCAUGAGAAAAUAUUGCCAAGGAAACUGGUGGUAGGAUACCAGAAGGCCCUCAUCUGUCACCUGCCAGCAAUCAUCUUCAUCACCAGAAAGAACCGAGACGUCUGCAGCAACCCCAGCAAUGACUGGGUCCAAGAGUACAUCAAGGAUCCCAGCUUACCUUUGCUGCCCUCCAGAAACUCAGGGCUUAAAAGUAACACAUCAAAGAAAGGCCAACCCCAGCUCCGAAGCUCUCCAUGA